AUGAAUGCUUCAAAGUUUAUUAAAUGUGUCACUGUUGGAGAUGGAGCUGUUGGGAAAACCUGCAUGCUCAUUUGCUACACCAGCAACAAGUUCCCCACUGAUUACAUACCAACAGUGUUUGAUAAUUUUAGUGCCAAUGUAGCUGUGGAUGGAAGUAUUGUCAAUUUGGGGCUAUGGGACACAGCAGGCCAGGAAGACUAUAGCAGGUUGAGGCCACUGAGUUACAGAGGAGCAGACAUUUUUGUCUUAGCAUUCUCACUGAUUAGCAGAGCUAGCUACGAAAAUGUUCUAAAGAAGUGGAUGCCAGAAUUGCGUAGAUUUGCACCUAAUGUUCCAAUUGUUCUUGUUGGUACAAAGUUAGAUCUUCGUGAAGACCGGGGCUAUUUGGCUGAUCACAUAGGGACUAAUGUCAUAACAUCUGCUGAGGGGGAAGAACUGAGGAAACAAAUAGGUGCUGCAGCUUACAUUGAGUGCAGUUCGAAGACUCAACAGAAUGUCAAAGCAGUGUUUGAUACUGCAAUUAAGGUUGUUCUCCAACCUCCAAGAAGGAAAGAAAUGGCAAGGAAGAAAAGGCAUAGAAAGUCUGGUUGCUCGUUUGUAAGUAUUGUGUGUGGAGGCUGUGCUGCUUAA